GGAAGAAAAACCCUUUGGCCAAAACCCUGAGGUCAUCUUCCUACAGCACCUCAGCUCUGCUCUGUCGAACGCUACGGAGGGAAACUACGGAAUCGAACUGACCAAACAGAACCUUAUCUUCCUCCACAGUCCCUCCGACUCCGUUACCCCUCCUCUCCAAUCUUCUUCUCCCUCCCCGUCCACCGUCGCUCUCAGCCAUUCCUCCGCCGUUCCUCUGCUGGCAAGCUCGUCUCCCCUCCGUCGCCCAAGCUCGUCCUCCCGCACCCGAAAGCCAACUGCCCCUUAUAGUCGAGCCCACUUUUGGGAAUACUUGGGAGUUGGUUCAUUUUUUUUAGUCGACCUCGUAUUCGAGCUCGAGCUCACUCGACUCAUGCGAAAAGGCUGCAAGUUCAGGGAGGCUGUCGGGAUGCAGCACGGGCUGCUAAUUUAUAAUCUCAAGUUGGGCUCGAGCUCGGAUAUAAGUUGAAGCCUGUUCAGAGGUAGGGAUUUAGUGGGGGCCUGGAGAGCCGAUAAGAUAAACAAAUGGGCUCUUUCUGUUUUCAUACAUCUGCUGUGCCGAGCUCUCAUCUUCUUUCGGGCACGGACUGCACUUAUGGUUUGGGAGGACUAAAGCUCGGUAAUUUGCGGAAAAUACCCUUUUCUAGGACACACAAAGCCUCUAAGGUUCUUGCCUUCUAUGGUUUGAAGAAGCCUCCAUAUAAACUUGAUGCUUUAGAACCGUACAUGAGUAAGAGAACAUUGGAGAUGCAUUGGGGAGAACUCCAUCGUGGGUAUGUGGAAGGAUUGAACAAGCAACUUGAGCAGAAUGAUAUUUUGUAUGGAUACACCAUGGAUGAACUCAUAAAAGCAACUUACAACAAUGGGAACCCGUUACCUGAAUUCAAUAAUGCUGCCCAGGUUUGGAAUCAUAAUUUCUUUUGGGAAUCCAUGGAACCUAGAGGGGGAGACAUGCCAAAGCUUGGUCUCCUUGACCAGAUUGAGAAGGACUUUGGUUCAUUUACCAACUUCAAGGAAAAGUUCGUAGAUGCGGCUCUCACAUUAUUCGGCUCGGGUUGGGUUUGGCUAGUCUUGAAGAGACAGGAGAGACGGCUUGAAGUAGUUAAGACAUCUAAUGCUAUCAAUCCGCUUGUGUGGAACGAUAUUCCCAUUAUCAAUUUGGACGUGUGGGAACAUGCUUAUUAUCUCGACUACAAGAAUGAUAGAGCAGCUUAUGUCAAAAACUUCUUGGACCAUCUCGUGUCGUGGGAUGUUGCAACAGCUCGAAUGAUCCGUGCCGAGGCCUUCGUGAACUUGGGCGAACCCAAGAUUCCUGUCGCUUAGCAUGUUUGAAACGUAAUAAAGAAGCCUGGAAUCUGCCCCCAUAGAUUAGAGGAGAGUGGAAAUUUUGCCGUGUUCUGUAAUUUGUUUCCUUUUCUCGCUUACGCCCCUCAUUUUUGUCGACGGUAGAUUGUCGAAAUGCAAUGUUAUAUAUCUGUGAGCAGAUGUUUGUAUUAGGAAUUUAAUUUCUUGUACUAAUAUAUAAUUUACAAAUGACAAAACCGAAGCUAGUUUUGCUAGCUAUGCAUUUGCCACCAA